UAAAUUCAGUACUCUCCCUUGCGUUCUAAGUUUCAAGCGCCGUCAUAGUAUUUGGAGAGUCUUAAGAGUUUCGGAGUUUAUUCUACUGCUACGUAGAGAUAAGGAAAUAGUGGUGAACUACCACAAAAAGAGGGGUAAAAUAGUCAAAAUCAAAAUGUCGACUGAGUUACAGCUGCCUCCUGGUUUCAGAUUUCAUCCGACGGAUGAGGAGCUCGUGACGCACUAUUUAUGCCGGAAAUGUUUGUCGCAGCCAAUAGCCGUCCCGAUUAUCGCGGAAAUCGAUCUUUACAAAUUUGAUCCUUGGGACCUCCCAGAUUUGGCUUUAUACGGAGAAAAGGAGUGGUACUUUUUUUCGCCGAGGGAUAGGAAGUACCCGAACGGUUCAAGGCCGAACCGAGCAGCGGGAAGCGGGUACUGGAAGGCGACUGGUGCCGAUAAGCCGAUUGGACAGCCAAAACCCUUGGGAAUUAAGAAGGCUUUGGUGUUUUACGCCGGGAAAGCUCCUAAAGGGGAGAAAACCAACUGGAUUAUGCAUGAGUAUCGGUUAGCCGACGUCGAUCGCUCGGCUCGUAAGAAGAACAGCUUAAGGCUGGAUGACUGGGUCUUAUGUCGCAUAUACAACAAGAAAGGAAGCGUCGAGAGGCAGCAAAAUCAAGCCGCUAACCGGAAAAUGAAUUCACCGGUAAUGGAGGAGGAUAGGAAACCUGAUAUAUUUUCAAAGGGCGUGAACAAAUCAGCACUUCCUCCGAAUCCGGCGGCGGCUGCGACUGGAACGGUUAAUGAUUACGUGUACUUCGACACGUCGGAUUCGGUGCCGAAGUUGCACACGGACUCGAGCUGCUCGGAGCAAGUGGUGUCACCGGAAUUCACCUCCGAGGUGCAGAGCGAGCCAAAAAUACAACCUUGGGAUAACAAUAACCUCGGGUUUCCGUAUAAUUACUUAGAUGCCAAUAUGGACUUGAGCUUCAGUUCUCAGUUUCAAAGCAGUAAUCAGCUGUCGCCGUUGCAGGAUAUGUUCAUGUACCUUCAGAAGCCAUUUUAAAGUGGGACCGUAUAAGUUGGGCGAUGUGGGGCCAAGAUUUGAUAGAAUUGGUAUUUGGUAUUGUAGAAAGCCUUGAACGGUAACACGAGACGAAAGUCCAUGAGUGUGCCUGUGCAGGGUCGACUAGCUGAUCGGAGGGGUAGUUAUUGGAGAUACAGUUGUAGUUUUUGGCCGUUGGAUCGUGCUGAUCGGAAAAUCUGCAUUAUAACAAUUAGCAUGUGUACACUGUUCUGUACAGCAUGUGUAUGUAGAUAAGCAAAAUGUUGUUGGGUUUCUAAAAAAUUCUUAAUAUUUUGUAAUGGGUUAGGCUUUCUCUAUUCUAUUAUAUGGAAAAAGGCGUAUUGCCCUUUCCUUUUUUAUUCUAUUUUA